AGAAAAACCUGAGUAGGGUUUUUCGUCUGUCAUCUUUCUCUUGAACAGUACUGUGAUCUUUCAUACUUUUCCCGGUUGAAAUCUCCUCUUCGGUCGCCCAAAGGUUUCUCCUUCUCUUCCAUCACCUCUGCCUCGUACUAAGUAGAGGUUAUGGCUAUGGCUGCUUGGGACAUUGCUGCAGCAGAGUUCUUACAGGGUGCAAAUAGACAGAAGCUAGCUUUACCCAAACAUUCAGUUAGGCAGACUGAUCGUUUGCUUUGGGGUGUACUUGCACGAGGAAGUCCCUUCAAGUUUUCUAACAAGAAUGUUAGAUUACAAUCCCGUUUUCCUGAAAGGAUCAAUGCAGUGGUCUCAGGGAAUGUAAGCACCUCUCUGAGUGAGGAGCAAAGCAAGGUUCAACAACCUCCUGGAGAAGUUGUACAUCUGUAUCGUGUUCCAUUGCUUCAAGAUAGUGCUACUGCAGAACUUCUCAAGUUGGUUCAAAAGAAAAUCUCAAACAAAAUAAUCGACUUGAAAACGGAGCAGUGUUUCAAUAUUGGGUUGACCUCAGAUCUUUCUAGUGAGAAGCAUUCAGUGCUUAAGUGGGUUAUAGGAGAGACAUAUGAGCCUGAGAAGUUGGGAACAGAGAGUUUUCUGGAUAGAGAUAGGAUGCAAAAUUCAAAUGCAGUGAUUGUGGAAGUUGGUCCACGGUUAUCUUUCACUACAGCUUGGUCUGCUAAUGCAGUUUCAAUUUGUAAAGCAUGCGGGUUGACAGAGAUAAGUAGAAUGGAGCGCUCAAGGAGGUAUCUAUUAUAUGUUGAGCCCGGAAAUGGUCCACUACCUGAUAGUCAAAUCAAUGAGUUUGCUGCAAUGGUUCAUGAUCGGAUGACUGAGUGUGUUUACCCUGAGAAGCUUAGUUCUUUUGAGACGAGUGUUGUACCAGAGAAGGUUUGGAGCAUACCAGUCCUGGAGAAGGGCCGCAAGGCAUUGGAGGAAAUAAAUGAUGAAAUGGGAUUUGCCUUUGAUGAACAAGAUUUACAGUAUUAUACUAAGCUUUUCAGGGAUGAUAUUAAGCGGAACCCUACAAAUGUUGAGUUGUUUGACAUUGCACAGUCUAAUAGUGAACACAGCAGACACUGGUUCUUUACUGGGAAACUUGUAAUUGAUGGUCAGCCUGUUAGUAAAACUCUCAUGCAGAUUGUUAAAAGCACUUUGGUGGCAAAUCCAAACAAUUCUGUCAUUGGAUUCAAGGACAACUCUAGUGCCAUCAAGGGAUUUUUGGUGAAUCAGUUGCGACCUGUUCAGCCUGGUUCCACGUGCCCCUUGAGCACAAGUUCUCAUGAUCUUGAUAUCUUAUUUACAGCUGAAACUCACAACUUUCCAUGUGCAGUGGCGCCAUAUCCUGGUGCAGAGACAGGGGCAGGAGGCCGUAUCAGGGAUACCCAUGCUACUGGAAGGGGUUCAUUUGUUGUUGCAGCUACAGCUGGCUAUUGUGUUGGAAAUCUUAAUAUUGAAGGGUCAUAUGCUCCGUGGGAAGAUCCUUCCUUCCAAUACCCUGCAAACUUGGCUUCACCAUUGCAAAUCUUGAUUGAUGCCAGCAAUGGAGCAUCUGAUUAUGGGAAUAAGUUUGGCGAGCCCUUGAUUCAGGGUUAUACAAGGACUUUUGGGAUGAGACUUCCAAGUGGGGAGAGGAGAGAAUGGUUGAAGCCUAUCAUGUUUAGUGCAGGUAUUGGGCAAAUCGAUCACAUUCAUAUCACAAAGGGAGAGCCUGAGAUUGGAAUGUUGGUUGUUAAAAUUGGAGGUCCUGCAUAUCGCAUAGGAAUGGGAGGUGGUGCUGCAUCCAGCAUGGUUAGUGGCCAAAAUGAUGCUAAUCUUGACUUCAAUGCAGUACAACGUGGAGAUGCAGAGAUGGCACAGAAAUUGUAUCGAGUUGUUCGUGCUUGUGUAGAAAUGGGAAAAGAUAACCCAAUCAUCAGCAUUCAUGAUCAGGGUGCCGGUGGAAACUGCAACGUUGUCAAGGAGAUUAUACAUCCACAAGGUGCUAAGAUUGAUAUAAGGGCAGUUGUAGUUGGUGACCACACAAUGUCUGUUCUUGAGAUAUGGGGUGCUGAAUAUCAAGAGCAAGAUGCAAUAUUAAUCAAGCCUGAAAGUGGUAGUCUUUUGCAGGCAAUCUGUAAAAGGGAGAGACUCUCCAUGGCUGUUAUUGGCACAAUUAAUGGCGAGGGGCGUAUUACCUUGGUGGACAGUUUAGCUAUUGAACAAUGCCGAUCAAAUGGACUUCCUCCUCCUCCACCGGCAGUCGAUCUUGAACUUGAGAAAGUUCUUGGGGAUAUGCCUCAAAAAACUUUUGAAUCUCAUCGUGUAAAUAAUGUGCUAAAGCCACUUGAUAUUGCUCCUGGGACAACAGUUAUGGAGGCUCUGAAUAGGGUACUGAGGCUUCCUUCUGUCGCUUCAAAAAGGUUCCUGACUACUAAAGUUGACAGGUGUGUUACAGGUCUUGUGGCACAGCAGCAAACUGUGGGUCCAUUGCAAAUUACGCUCUCUGAUGUUGCUGUUAUUGCUCAAACUUACACAGACUUUACUGGUGGUGCUUGCUCAAUUGGAGAGCAGCCCAUUAAAGGCCUUUUAAAUCCGAAAGCAAUGGCGCGACUGGCUGUUGGAGAAGCACUCACAAAUCUUGUUUGGGCAAAAGUUACCUCUCUUUCUGAUGUCAAAGCUAGUGGGAAUUGGAUGUAUGCUGCAAAGCUAGAUGGGGAAGGAGCUGCGAUGUAUGAUGCUGCCAUUGCUCUUUCAGAAUCAAUGAUUGAACUUGGCAUUGCAAUUGAUGGGGGGAAGGAUAGCCUUUCCAUGGCGGCCCGCGCUUCAGGGGAGGUCGUCAAGGCUCCUGGGAACUUGGUCAUCAGUACAUAUGUAACUUGUUCCGAUAUAACAAAAACAGUCACACCAGAUUUGAAGCUUGGAGAUGAUGGUAUACUGCUCCACAUUGACUUGGCAAAGGGAAAAAGGCGUCUUGGUGGAUCUGCUCUUGCCCAGGCUUUUUAUCAAAUUGGCGAUGAGUGUCCUGAUCUUGAGGACGUUUCUUACCUUAAAACAGUUUUCAAUGAGGUUCAGAAUCUCCUUUCCGAUGAUCUUAUUUCUGCUGGUCAUGAUAUCAGCGAUGGAGGUCUUCUUGUUGGAAUUCUUGAAAUGGCUUUUGCUGGGAAUUGUGGUAUUUGCUUGGAUUUGACUUCUAAAGAGAGUAGCAUAUUCCAUACACUUUUUGCAGAAGAGCUUGGUGUUAUCAUUGAGGUUAAUAAGAAUAACUUGGAUGUAGUUAUGUCAAAGCUUCAAAGCGGUGGUGUUUCUGCUGAAGUCAUUGGAAAGGUAACUGCCUCUCCACAGGUAGAAUUGAGGAUUGAUGGAACUGCUUAUUUGAAUGAGAAAACUUCUGUGCUUCGUGACAUCUGGGAAGAAACCAGCUUUAAACUGGAAAAGUUCCAGAGAUUGGCCUCAUGUGUGGAGUUAGAAAAACAAGGGUUAAAGAGUCGACAUGAGCCUUUAUGGAAGUUGUCCUUCACACCGAACUUUACGGAUCAGAAAUAUAUGACUGCCACUUCAAAACCAAAGGUUGCUGUGAUUCGGGAGGAAGGCAGCAAUGGAGACAGAGAAAUGUCUGCUGCUUUCUAUGCUGCAGGAUUUGAACCAUGGGAUGUUGCAAUGUCAGACCUUCUGAAUGGAGUCGUCUCUUUGAACGACUUCCGAGGGAUUGUGUUUGUUGGUGGGUUUAGCUACGCCGAUGUGCUUGAUUCUGCAAAGGGUUGGGCAGCUUCCAUACGCUUUAACCAGCCUCUAUUGAAUCAAUUUCAGGAAUUCUAUAACCGUCCCGACACUUUCAGCCUUGGGGUUUGCAAUGGUUGCCAACUCAUGGCUCUACUGGGUUGGGUACCAGGGCCUCAGAUUGGAGGUGUUCUUGGUAAAGGUGGAGACCCAUCACAGCCAAGAUUUGUACACAACGAGUCUGGACGAUUUGAGUGCCGCUUCACAAGUGUGACAAUACAAGAAUCACCAUCAAUAAUGUUUAAAGGAAUGGAGGGUAGUACACUGGGUGUCUGGGCUGCCCAUGGUGAGGGAAGAGCUUAUUUCCCUGAUAAUAGUUUCCUGAAUGAUAUUCUUGGUUCAAAAUUGGCUCCAGUGAAAUACUGUGAUGAUGAUGGUACACCCACAGAAGUUUAUCCUUUCAAUCUGAAUGGCUCUCCCCUUGGCGUGGCAGCAAUUUGUUCCCCAGAUGGGAGGCACCUUGCUAUGAUGCCUCACCCAGAGCGUUGCUUCUUGAUGUGGCAGUUCCCGUGGUAUCCGAAGCAUUGGGAUGUGGAAAAGAAGGGCCCUAGUCCAUGGUUGCGUAUGUUCCAAAAUGCUCGAGAGUGGUGCUCAUGAGGUCUUUUGCUGAAUGAGAAGCUUAAUUUUCUGUUUUGAUAAGCAAGUCAAAAAAAAAAAUCAUGCUGAAAAGCAUGCGUCCAAAGAUGAGAAAGAGGCAGUAUCCCUCAGUUCGCCAAAAUAAAUCCCUUUUUUUAACAGAAGUUUAUAACCCCUUGAAUUUAAUUUUCAAACCUCACUAUGCUAUGAAAGCAAGGCUGCAAAUUUGGAUCUCUGUAAUUUAUCUGCUGAUACCGAACAGGUAGCAGAUGGAUCUUCCUGUGAAAUAAAACUCGAGCUAGCUUAGUUUUGAUAUUUUGUUCCAUUUAUGUAAUACUAUGAAUAUUCAACAUGGAUUCUGAAGUUGGCAUCUCAGGCUAGUUGGAAUUCUUUGGACUUGCAGCUUUUUUCCAGUCCUUAAUGUCCUUUGAAUUUCAGUACUUGACUAUUUUCCCUUGGGGGUGCAUAGAACCUUAACCAAAUUUGAUGAAUGGAAACUUUCUUGGGCUUUUUAA